CCGUUGUAGUUCGUCUCUCACGUGGUCGCCACGCAGGUCACAGGUAUUUUAUACAGUCUAUAGCUACAGUCAGCAAAAAUGAGUUUUCUAAUGCGACUUUGUAGUUUGGUCGUCAGUGCGUUAUGCUUGCCCCUUCAUCUGAUGGAAGCGGCAGGCCUGUAUCAACUAUACAAACGUCUCUUCCCAUUUUGUUUAUACCGGAUUUCUGUAACGUACAACAAAAAAAUGCACGACAAGAAGAAGGAGCUGUUUCGCAGCCUCACAGAGUUCAACCAGCCUGGCGGCGGGCGGCUCACAAUUUUGGAGAUUGGCUGCGGCACCGGCACAAAUUUUCAGUUUUAUCCGCCUGGCAGCAAGGUGAUCUGCACUGACCCGAACCCCCAUUUUCAGAAAUAUCUGAAGAAAAGCAUGGGCGAGAAUGACCACCUCACGUAUGACAGAUUUGUGGUGGCGUCGGGGGAGGACAUGGGGUCAGUGCAGGACGAGUCGGUAGACGCUGUUGUCUGUACCCUGGUGCUCUGCUCUGUCAACAACAUACCGCAAACUCUGCGAGAGGCCCACCGCAUACUGAGACCAGGGGGAGCCUUCUUUUUCAUCGAGCAUGUUAUGGCAGACCCCUCCACCUGGGCCUACUUCUUCCAGCAUGUUCUCCAGCCUGCAUGGUACUACUUUGGGGAUGGAUGCAUGGUCACCCGGGAAACGUGGAAGCAUCUGGAGGCGGCUGGAUUCUCUGAACUCAAACUGAGACACGUUGAAGCGCCGCUCACCUUCUUGAUCAAACCACACAUCAUAGGUUAUGCUGUGAAAUGAAAUUCUGUCUGGUUAGCUUCGCGUAGCAGCUUGCCUCGUGACUAUAGCGUGUGAAUAUGCCAAGCACUAAAUGCCUGUCCUCUCCCAUGUCAUAUGAUUGAUCACCAGUGACUUUGAUACUAAUUUUAUUUUUGUAUUGAAAACUAAUUUUGCAUUUUGCACUUAAGUAAAAAAAAAAAAGAUGAUGUUUGAUCUUCUAUCCUUCAUUCCCCAUCUCCAAGUAGCUUGCAGAUACAUCAAUCAAUAUGAUGCUACCAUAGGGAAUUUCAGAGUUUAUCUGCUUGAUACUAUUUUUUUGUACUUUUUAUGCCAUGAUAAUUGUCACAAUGUACUUUUUUUUGUUGUGAUUAAGAUAAUUGUGUUAAUAAUUAAAGAGUUUAAUCCUUA